UGAGAAGAAGGUGGGCCUCACUCAGGAGGGGAGGGCGCCCAGAAACUUCCUGCGGUUCUCAGCUCCACGGCAGACUGAGCGCAAGGUCAGUUAGGAGCGGGUGGCAGCCUGCCUGGGGGCGGGAGACCCUCCUCGGGGCUGGGCGGAGGCCUUUAAGCGCCUCGCCAUAUUGAACGGCCACGCUGAGCUGUCUUUGUCUGCAGAGUCCUCCUACCGACUUUCAGCUAGAUCCUGGUGUCUGGGGCAAGGGAGAAGCGAUCGGAGCUCGUGGAUCCCCAACUUGGAGCCGGGACACUGAGGAUUCCAGUUUGGACUGAGCUUCGAGCCUCGGGACUGAGCGUGCCUUAGUUCAUGUAAGCAUCCUGGAAAAUUGCUUGCUACAACUCCGAGGGGGUUGGGAGUACCCAACUUGGACUUAUCGCCUGAAGAGAAAAUUUCAGGGAGGAGACACUCUGUGAACAGAGUUGCUAGGACUCUCCACUGCCCCCUCCUCGAGACUAGAAGCCAAGAGUCUGGGCUUUUUGCCCCCACCCGAGAGUCCACGCUGGAGAUCUUAAAGACUCUCGAGAAAAGCCACGUAGGGGGAUGGUUCCCCUGGGGCUUCCUCCCAUCUCCCGAUUGCCUGAUCCUCUGGAGUGUCCCCGACGUCUGCAAAGAUGUCGAUCUGGACGUCUUAGUGGAGGCCUUAAGGCCCGUGGGCACCUUUAAGAAGAUUGGGAAGGUGUUCCGCAAAGAAGAGGACUCCACGGUGGGGAUGCUGCAGAUUGGGGAGGAUGUUGACUAUCUGCUCAUCCCCCGGGAGGUCCGCCUGGCUGGGGGCGUGUGGAGGGUCAUCUCCAAGCCUGCGACUAAGGAAGCUGAGUUUCGGGAGCGGCUAAUCCAGUUUCUGCAGGAGGAGGGCCGCACCCUGGAAGACGUGGCCCGUAUCAUCGAAAAGAGUACUCCACACCCACCCCAGCCCCCCAAAAGAGCCAAGGAACCGAGAGUGAGGAGAGUUCCGCAGAUGGUCACUCCUCCACUUCGGCUGGUUGUAGGCACCUAUGACAGCAGCAAUGGCAGCGACAGCGAGUUGAGUGACUUCGAUACCUCCAAAGUCAAAGGCAACAGGAGCUCCGGGAGGACCAGGAAGGUGCGCAAAAUGCCGGUCAGUUACUUGGGCAGCAAAUUCCUGGGCAGCGAUGUGGAGAGCGAGGAUGAUCAGGAGCUGGUGGAGGCCUUCCUCCGCCGUGGGGAGAAAAAGCCCAGCGCGCCUCCUCCUCGGCGCCGAGUCAAUCUUCCAGUGCCCAUGUUUGAGAACAACCCAGGGCCCCAGACAUCCAAGGCCGACAGAUGGCGGGAGUAUGUCAGCCAGGUGUCCUGGGGGAAGCUGAAACAGAGGGUGAAGGGCUGGGCACCCAGAUCAGGCUCCGAGGUGGGCCAGGCCCAGCAGGCAUCCACAGCAGCCGACAGGGCUGGAGAAAUGGGACACAGCCAAGCCAGCCCGGACGAUGAUAGCUCCAGAAACACAGGAGACCAGAACGACCAGAUGCUGGGUACUAGACGCUGGAAGCCCAAGAUCAAGUGGGUUUCCUUGAGACGAUGCAGGAAGGAGCAGGUGCCACCCUCUGCUCAGGGGACAGGCAUGCCAGCUGAGGAGCACCCAGAGGCUGCAGAGAACCAGGGGGCAGGGGCUGCAGCUAACCAGAGGGCAGAGGUUGCAGCUGAUCCAAGGGCAGAGGCUGCAGCUGAUCCAAGAGCAGAGGCUGCAGCUGAUCCAAGGGCAGAGGCUACAGCUAACCAGAGGGCAGAGCCUGUAGCUAGUCCAGCAGCAGAGGCUGCAUCUAGUCCAAGGGCAGAGGCUGCUGCUAACCAAAGGGCAGAGGCAGUAGCUAGUCCAAGAGCAGAGGCUGCAGCUAGUCCGAGGGCAGAGGCUGCUGCUAACCAGAGGGUAGAGGCUGCAGUUGAUCCAAGAGAAGAGGCUGCAGCUAGUCCAAGGGCAGAGGCUGCAGCUAGUCCAAGGGCAGAGGCUGCAGCUAGUCCAAGAGCAGAGGCUGCAGCUAGUCCAAGGGCAGAGGCUGCAGCUAGUCCAAGGGUAGAGGCUUCAGCUAGUCCAAGAGCAGAGGCUGCAGUUAGUCCAAGGGCAGAGGCUGCAGCUGACCAGAGGGCAGAGCCUAUAGCUAGUCCAAGAGCAGAGGCUGCAUCUAGUCCAAGGGCAGAGGCUACAUCUAGUCCAAGGGCAGAGGCUGCAUCUAGUCCAAGAGCAGAGGCUGCAUCUAGUCCAAGAGCAGAGGCUGCAUCUAGUCCAAGAGCAGAGGCCGUAGCUAAUCCAGGGGCAGAGGCCAUAGCUAAUCUGAGUGUAGAGGCUGCAGCUAAUCUCAGGGCAGAAGUCCUACCUGACCAGAGGGCAGAAGCCAUAGAUAGUCAGAGGGCAGAGGGCCCAGCUAACCAAAGAACUGGUGCUACAGAAAAUCAGAGGGUGGAGGUCCUAGCUGACCAGAGGGCAGGGGUUCUCUGUGACCAGAGAGAGGAGGCUGGACCUCAGGCUAUACAGGAAGCCUCAGCUGGUUCGGGAUCUAGGGUCCGGAAACAGGUAAAGACAGUGAGGUUCCAGACCCCAGGACGCUUCUCAUGGUUUCGCAUGCGCAGGAGAGUCUUCGGGCACACUCCCAGGUUGCCAACUCUGCCCAAGAGAGUCCCGAGGGCAGGUGAGGCCAGAAGCCUCCGGGUGCUAAGGGCUGACAGCAGAGCAGAAGUGGGACACACAGAGCAAGAAGAACAGCUGUGAGGGAAGCCCCAGUGCCCCUGCACCCUGCCGGCCGCCCUAUGUUAGCCGCUAGGGGGCUCCCUCCUUUGCAGGCUCUUCUCUCUCCACGUUUGAAAAUGGAGGCUGCAGGGGCCGGGGUGGUGGGGUGCGGGCAGGGCAGGCAGCACAGCCCACUCCUUUCCUCCCCUUUCUACCCUCAUUCCCUACCCUCUCCUCUUCCUCCCUCCCUGACUCCCUCUACCUCUCCUCUAUCUUUUUGUCUUUCCGUCUGUUUUUUACUUGAGACAGAGUCUUGCUAUGUAGCCCUGAUGGCCUGGUGCUCCUUAUAUAAUUGGCCUCAGACUCACAGUAGUCCUCUACCUUAGCGCGCAGAGCACUAGGGUUACAGGUGUGUGCCACUACAUCUGGCUCCAGUGACCCUCUUUUGUUUUGUUUGAAACAAGGUCUCUCUAUAUAGCUCCCCCCCCCACAUCCCCUCCCCCGGCUGGCCUGAAACUCACCAUGUAGACCAGGCUGGUCUUGAACUCACAGAUCGGGAUGGCUGCCUCUGCUAGGACUAAAGGCAUAUGCCGCCAUGCUCAUCUUCCAGUGAAGAGAUCAUGUGUUCAGGGUGGCAUGGCUAUAGACACAAUUUUUUUAUACGUUGAUUUUUUAAAAAAUACUAAAUAUAGCAUCUCAAGGAAUGAAAGACAUAAGCCUGUGGGGCCUGGGGGCCUGGAUGGUGUUUUAAUUUCUUAUGUAUUUUAAGUGCUCACAGCCUGGCAAAGAGAAAUGGGUAGAGGAGGGAGGAGGGGGGUAGUCUGUCCUUUUUUUCUUCUGUCUGUAACUAACUUUGAUUGAUGGCCUUUUUAUACUUAAAGAGAAAACUCAAGUUGAUAUGCAAAUAAAAGAGUGUACAAGGUG